UUUAAUACAAGGGAUAAGAAUGUGAUUAAAAGCAUCCCUUUUAGUGUGAGAGAGGUAUCGGACAGGAGGAUUUGAAGGUGGGAAGUAAAUGGCAGAUUCUCUGUUCGAAGCUGUUAUCGGAGAUUAUAGGUGAAGCUCAUCCCGACGGGUGGUUAGGGUGGACGGAGUUUUGGAAUUGGAAACUUCCACCCAAAAAAAAAUCUUUUUUCUGGCAACUUUGUACAGACAACCUGCCAACCACGAGGAACUUACGUCGGCGGAGGGUAAACUACGUGGAGAGAUGUGGUUUGUGCGGUGCAAAUGAUGAAUCAUGUCUCCAUCUAUUUGUCAGAUGCCCGGUGGCUGUUGAGGGCUGGGUUUCUGUUGGAUUGGGUUCAAUUGGAGCUGCAGGGAUGAGUUUCUUACACUGGCUGGAGGGGUUUUUUUUUACGAGGAAAGCAGAGUUGGAGACUGUUGUGUGGGGAUGCUGGGGGCUGUGGGCGGAGAGAAAUGCACGGAUUUGGCAGCAGACCAUGCUGAGUGCUCCUCAGGUUAUGCGCAAGUCCAGGUGCUAUGUAGAGGGUUGGCUCCAGGCACAGAAGCUAGGGAAUUCUGGAGACAUCAGGAGGGAAGAAGGAGUUGUGCUUUGUCGGCUUCCGUCGUCGGGCUGGCAGAAACUAAAUAUUGAUGCAGCUCGGAACCAGAACGGGAGCGGAUAUGGCUGGGUGCUUCGUAAUGACCAUGGAGAGUUUGUGGGGGAGGGGCAAAACCCGGUUUAGGCAGCUGCUCAUCUAUAGAGGCGGAAUUAUUGAGCAUCCCGGAAGCUCUGAGCUGGGUGGGAUUUCAUAGAGGUUGAAUUUGAUGCUUCUCAAGUUAUCUCGGAGAUUCAGAAUGGGUCAAGUCUGGCUGCAAUUGGUAUUCUAGCUGAGGAUAUUCGUCAUUUUAGUCAAAGGUUUUCUAAUAUUUCCUUUACUUUCGUUAGACGUUCAGCGAACAAGGUUGCUUAUGCAUCGGCUAGAGUAGCUAGUUCUUUGUCUGGAGGUCGCAUAUGGUUGGGUGUUCCCCCAAAUUGUAUUCGUGAUGUUUGUGCCAAGUAGAUUAUUUUCCUUCAAAAA